AUGAUCGAAACAAAUAAGAAAGCUAGUUGGUCAGAGCUUUGUCCAGACGUGUUGCGAUGUGUUUUCGAACUAUUGAGUUUCUCGGAUCUUAAUCGAACUAGAUCAGUUUGUUCAUCGUGGCACUCUGCUUCGAGACACUGCGUCCCAACACAAAAUCAGAUUCCAUGGCUAAUUUUAUUCCCUCGAAACAACGUCAAUAACAACAACAACAAUAGUUGUGUGUUGUUUGUUCCAGAUGAUAGAGAUAGUCUUUACAAAACCAAAGAUCUUGGUGUUGGCUUUAUGCUGAGUAAUUGUCUAGCUACUUACGGUAGUUGGAUCCUAAUGAUGGAUCGUCUCUGUAAUCUCAACAUUUUGAAUCCCUUAACCGGUGAGAAGAUUGAUCUACCACGUACAAAGUUUGAUCUACCAAGGUUGGAAUCUAGUGUAGCAUGUCUUUGGAUAGACGAGAAAACAAAAGAUUAUAUAGUUGUGUGGAAGAUAAAAAACUCUUUAGUCUACGCCAAGAAAGGGAAUCACACGUGGCAACAAGUUUUCUCUAUGAACGAAGAACUAUCCGUAGAACAAAUUGUUUACGAACACAAGACUCAAAAACUUUACGUACAUUUUAAUGAUUCUACUUUAAGUAUUUGGCGUUUGUCUAGAGAGGAUCCACAUGGUGUUUUUGAAAAUUAUAUUCCAUUUGACUUUGUUUUUCAAGACUUCCUUCCGGAUAGAAGAACUGACGAAGAGUUAUAUGUGAAAGAGUAUAUUGACACGAGGCUAAACAUUGCACUAACAACAUCUGGAGAACUCUUGAAGGUAGCUAGUGUAGUGCAAAAGUCCAAAAGAUGGCUCUUUCGCAUCUACAAGAUGAACUAUAUCAAGCGUCGUUGGGAAAGAAUCGAGUCUUUGGGCGAUGAGGCAUUGAUCUUAGAUAUGGGUAUUACUAUUGUUGCCAAAGACAUCCCCGGGCUCAAGAGAAACUCAAUUUAUAUUAGUGGGUUUGAUUAUGGUAGAAAACAUCUAGACCAUAUAUUUAUCUUUGAUCUUACAACCCAAGAGAGUGAACCUUUGCCAUAUUGUGUUUCCUCCUCCAAUGAUUUCUCUGAUGCUCGAUGGUUCUUCCCAAGUUUCAGUCAAUCUCCUUAUUAG